UCCGAACGAAUGGACGUGCGAGCCAAAUUCGUGAUCAGAAGACGCGGAAAGAACAAGGCGAGAACGAGGUUGGGAGAUCAGGGAAGCCCGAAUUUUAAAACGGACAUCAUGAUGCCGUUCCUGAGAACCCUGGUUGUGCUGGCUGUCCUCUGCGCGCCAACCUCCAGCCUCUGUCUCAGACUGUACCAGAGCGACUACAACCUCCUCUGUGACGAUGACAUACUAGCUGAGGUCCAGACGAACGACGUUCCCAGUGACACGUUCCCAGUGUCGGAAAGCUUGGGCUCCCUCUUCAAGUCCGGAGACACUCUCUCCUCCGCAGAGUCGCGGGAGAAAAGGACGUCGACUUACCCCGCCAACUACAGGUUUCUCAGUCAGACGCAGCUAAGGAGUAAGAUGUUCCAGAACAGCAUUAAUAAUGAUCGGCUACGCAAGUUUACCCUGUCUCUAGAUGUGCCCACCAACAUCAUGAACAUUCUCUUUGACAUCCAAAAGUCCAAGAACCUGCGCGCAAAAGCGGCCGACAACGCGCGUCUGAUGGCACAGAUUGGACGAAGGAAGAGACAGUAGACUAUCUCUCCGACGGUUGAAGCCGCUACCCUGAUUAUCCAUUACAUAUUAGAUUUUCACUCUGACAAAUACGUUUUGC